AUGUCGUCCGUCGAAGAUGGUGCACCAAACGGGACAUCCACUGCCUCCAAUGUCCCCGAACUCGAUGUGUCGAAACUCCAUGCCUUGCCGACGGAACAGCAAGACCUGUUCCUGCUCAAUUUCGUUUCCGAGUUGCGUGAUGCUGUUCACAGCCUCUCCCCCGACGCUUUGCCUCCGCAGCAACCUGCCAUCAAGAAAGAGAUCAUUAAAAUUGUCGGCUUGGGCACCCCCCUGCCAUCUCGUGUUAUCAGGGAUACAUUAGCUGGAACACUCGCAGACACAUUCGAUCGUGGAAGCCGCAGCCUCUUGUUUGAUACCAUCAACGAACUUGUUGCCGUCCUCAACUCGAGCAAGAUUGACAAGGAUCCCAGCCCCAAGCACGUGGCUAUUGUCUGCCUUGGGAAAGUCUAUGAAUCUGCCGGUGACAGCGCUCUCAACCUCUCCGGCCUUGUGGUACAAUCCCUUGUCAAGGGAACCAAGGCCUCUCACGUUGGUAUCCGCGCUGCAUCAUUCCGCACACUUGGUCUACUGGCGAAGGGAACCAAUCGAGGUCUGGACGAAUCCUCAGCAAGAGACAUCUGGAAAGCUGGGCGAAAUGCUGCAGGUGCAGACAAAUCCGCUGUAGUUCAGAGAGAUGCAUGCGACUGUCUGUGGCGCCUUCUCACCUUUACCGGCUUCUUCAACAACUCCACCGACUUCGACAAGCUGGAGUCGCUUGUGUGGAAGGCCUUUGAUACCCCUGUGCCAGCGGUAAGACACGCUGUUGCCCGGCUGCUUGGUGCUACCCUAGUUCAAGCGCACUCAGAGGUCCAUACAGCCGAUGUCCCAGUGGUCCGAAAGCCGAAGAAGCCUUCAAAGAAGCAAGGACCGCUUUCAGAAGACGACGAUGAAUCCAUUCGGCCUGGUUCGCCCACUCCAACAGGCUCGAAAGGAGCAAUCGCACUCUCUUUCACGAUCAAAGACAUCAUCCGCAUGCUGUCCAUUCAAUUCGUGAAGCCAGCCAUCUCCAAUCAUGCUCGAGCAGGUAUCGCAGCCUGUUUCAAGUUCGUUCUGGCGAACCUCCCGGUCAAAGUGAUCGAAGACAACUUUGGGCGCAUAUCGGAGCAACUAAUCUGGGAGAUUAUCGAUCAUCCAAGUCUAAGCUUUCAUAGACAUCGUCUUCUGCUCUCUCGAUGUAUGGUGCAAAACAUCCUGCGAGCAACAAUCACUUCUGGCACGUUAACCGAGAACGCUCAGAUCAACGCUGUCAGAUAUCUCGUGAAUGAUGUCCUCAAGAAUUAUCCAAAGGUCGUUGCAGAAAGGCGUGAGCCAUCCAAAAGGAUGCUUGCAGCGACCUUAGAGCUGCUUUAUCAUUUACUGGAAUCAAUAGGGUCCGCAGCUGCCGUUUUGCAAGACUCGUCCCGAGAAGCCCUUUGUCAAGUCAUGCAGCAUCCCAGUCACACUGUACAGAGCUAUGCCGCGCAGUGCUUUAGGACAUUUGUGUUGGCCUGUCCAUCGCAGAUGAUUCAGACCAUCGAGCAUCUUGUCUCACAGUUGAGGAAAACCCUUGAAAACCCUUCCGACAAUCGCCAAAGCUUGCGUGCUUGCUCUGGACGAGCCCUGGCAGUUGCUGCUAUGCUACACUCCGCCAACCAAAAGCCAAUAUUCGGGUCCGUGGAAACGUACUCGAGUAUCCUAGCUUUCGCCACGGAUCUCCUCAAAAGGAGCGCCACGUCUGAGCUGCGCCUUUCGGCAACACUGUUACAAGUAGCCUGGACAUUGAUUGGCGGGUUGAUGAAUCUAGGAUCGAGCUUUGUCAAAGUACACUUGGGACAACUGUUCCUUUUGUGGAGGAAUGCGCUACCCCCUCCUUUGACACAGGAAAACGCGGCACAGAGAACCCAACUUGAACUCAGCUUUCUCUGUCAUGUCAGAGAAUGUGCUCUUAGUGGCCUGCUUGCAUUUUUGGAGUCUUGUAAUGGACUUGUCACCACAGACGGGUCCAGGCGCAUCUCGAUCAUGCUGCAGAAUACAGUGAGCUUCCUAGCAAAUUUGCCUAUGAAUCGAUCUUCUGCGGAACUCUCAAAUCGACUGGUCCCAGCGCUUCAGCUGCAGGACAUGGGUUUCAUGCUUCGCCGGCGACUGCUUCAAUGCUAUGCUGCGCUCAUUGGACUGAAGCAUGUCGAAGUCAACGAAGUCAUGUCUCACUCUGAUCUGGUUGGCCUGAGCUUGGAAGUUUUCACGUCACCAGAAAGACCAGCGCAGAAGAAUCUUGAGGCCUCACUUGCUUCAUCGGCCAGCAAUUUUGAUGGACUCUGGGAGAUAGGUGACAAUUGGGCUUUUGGCGUCAGCAGCCUCGUGCACGGAAGAAGUGUCUUCUAUCCCACAGGGAAGGGAUUUGUAAAGCGUACGAGCCCUACCCUUUCCUCGGAAGCACAUGAUGAUGAUCUGGAUCAACUACCGCUGUCGCCAACACUUGCAGCUCUGGAACACGAUCCAGCCAUUCUCUUUCGCUCUGCGCAGAGGUCAGACACUGUCGAACUCAGCCCACCUUCGACUGCCUGCAUUGAUGCCUCGAUCAAGCUCUUUUCGAUGGUAUUCCCCUCACAAUCUGCUCGAGUUCAAGAGAGCACUAUGGAGCAGAUUGCUACCGUACUAGCCAUGCCAGGUCAAAGAGAUCCCGGCCGCAAAUCUGCGGUCCAAGUCAACUCCACACUGGCAAUAUUACUCUCACUAAGUGUAGCGAAUGGUGAGACACCAUUCCCGACUGGUCAAGUUCAUCUGCAUACAUUUGGGAAGACUCUAGCAGAGCUAUUAAAGACUCGUAUGGCGGAGCCGGACUACCGUGUGCGAGCGCUAUGUGCUCGAGCUUUAGCCCUCGCGUGCAAUCUGGGAGGGACUCAAUAUACUAACAACGAGGUAAAAGCACUCAUCGACAGUAUUGUCACCAACCGAGAUCCGCACAUGCGUGCUGGAUGUGCGUUGGCACUUGGCAGUAUCCAUGCAGAAGUUGGCGCGAUGGCAUCCAGCUUGCAUAUCAAAUCGAUUGUGGGUGUACUGCUGUCACUAUGCAAUGAUUCGCACCCGGUCGUACACUUCUGGGCAUUCAGAGGUUUGGUACAGGUCGCUGAAUCAGCCGGCUUGAGCUUCUCAGCUUAUGCUUCUAGUACUCUGGGAAUGUUGGCCCAACUUUACUCCAGUGACAAUCACAAUUCAGAGUCUACCUCUCUGGCCACAUCAAAUCUGGAGCUCGAGUUCUCUACAACAUUGGUUAUUGCACAAUGCGUUGACUGCAUAAUCAAUGUACUAGGUCCGGAUUUGCAAGACAUAUCAAAACCGCGCCAGCUCAUCUUGACCUUGCUCCGCUACUUCGAGGCUGAGGCUUCACCUAUUCUACGGCAUCAAGCUCUUGUGUGUCUGGGCCAUCUAUGGAUGUAUGCCCCAGCCCACGUACAGUUUGCCAAGUACGUGCGAAAUUUGCAAGACAAUCUCUCGUCGAAGGACCACCAGCUCCUAGGCAGCGCGGCACUAUAUGGUAUCGGACACCUUAUCAAACGGAGUGCUAGUGAGGUUAUGCGUGUUGCCAACGAGAAGCUGAAUGACGAUAUCUGGGCGAUGCUUGACCAAGAUUCCCAAAACGAGUUUCUCCACCUCACGCUCCGCAAUUGGAUGCAGCAGACAGUCUUGACCGACCCUGGAGCAUGGGUCGAUAGGUGUCAGACAAUUCUUUCCAAAACGCGAAUUUCGGAGAAGGCCAGGGCUCCUGUCGUGACCGCAAAGACAGCCAACACGAUGCCGGAUCUGGCGGACGAAGAAGUUGCAGGUUUCGCAGCAGCGACGCAGGGCGAUUCUUCAGAACCAGCUGCCGAGGGCCAGGAGUUUUUAAGAUGGCAGACGCGCGAUUUUGCUAUGAGACUCCUGAGUGAAGCACUGCAGUUGGUACAGGAUGCCAUGUUGCCGGACCAGAGCAUACCAGCUGAGGAGGCGCUGUAUGGCAAGAUUGCGGAUAUCAUUCGUGUAGCCUUCGCAGCGUCCACAGCCAAUGUUGUCGAACUCCGAAUCUGGGGUCUUCGCAUUAUAGACCAAGUCCUCAAGAUGUUUGGCAAGACUCCCGAUCCCGAUUUUGCGGAAGCUUCGCUGCUGGAGCAAUACCAAGCGCAGAUUGGCUCGGCUUUGACCCCGGCCUUUGCAGCCGACUCAUCCCCUGAACUCGCUGCAGAAGCCAUUGCUGUUUGUGCGACCUUUGCAGCGACUGGCAUAGUCACCACAGCUGACAGAAUGGGACGAAUAUUCAAGGUUCUUGCAAACGGUGUAGACAACCUGGCUCUGCCUCAACCCGAAGCCUCGAUUGGGGAUCUCAAGAAUCUGACGCCUAAUGCGCAGUCACUGCUGAAAAUGGCCCUGCUGUCAGGCUGGGCUCAACUACAGCUAGCCAGCGGUGAACAGUCCUACCUGAGCGAGAUUGUUCAUCCCUACGUGCCAAAGCUGGCACCAUUAUGGCUCAAUGCUCUUCAGGAGUUUGCCCAACUACGCUUCGAACCUGAAAUAUCCGACACGCUUGGCACUGACACCACUGCUGCGAAUCUAGAUGAGCGCUAUGCUGCCUUCAAUCGAGUCGUACGCCUCCAAUUUUACCAGGGCAGCUGGCUUAGCGUGGUCAAUGCUAUUGCUGCGCUGGUAGAAAAGGACAGUGAUGCGGUCUUCGAUGCAAUGGACAACAGAACAGCUUCGUCACGAGCGGCAACGAAUGGAGAUGGUCCACAAGGCAAGGACAUGAGCUUCCGAGAGGAGCCGGUGGCGUUCUUCUUCAUUCUGUUUGGUCUCGCGUUCGAAGCGCUGGUGACUCGAGCGAGAGAAGAUCCAUCACAAGGCCUAUCGAUCUUGCAUGCGCUCCGCAAGAUCCUGACACCUGCCGUCUCGGGCAGUGCCGUUUACGAGGAAGCGGUCUUCAAUGAGACCACCGACACGCUUGAACGACUCGCUCUCACAAGCACAACACAGACCCAAUCUACGCUGGUCGACAUCGCCAGAAACCUCUCACUGGACCAUCCAUCGGCAAAAGCCCCACAGGACCGGGAUGAGAAGCUGUCAGAUGAUAUCGAGCAGCUUUUUGAGCUCACUAGAAUCAUGGUCUUGGUCUUGACCGGAUUGAUUCCUACCCUGGAGGACCCACCUGGAAUGGCGAUACGAAAGCUUAGUCCUGACGGGAUAUCCCUUGUCCACCUUGUCUUCCAGGCGCUGGUGGGUGUGGCAGAGGUCUUCCCGUCCAUCAUCAAGGCCGAUCUACAUGCAUGUAUCUUCCACUGCUACUGCACAAUGCUGGCGACAGGUAUCUGCCAGGAAGAAGUGGUGCCAUCGUUGUUGCCCGUCUUUAGAAGCUUCCUGCAGGUGGUAGCCGACUCCUCCGAAGGUGAGACUACGUCCAACCUGGUACGCGGCUCGCUGCAUCAAGUCAUGAUUACACUUUCUGUGGCGCAAAGGCGAGAACAUGACGGCUCACUCACAGCUGCGAAGAAUUGCUUGCUGUCUAUGACUGUGAUGCUUACCACUGCAGGCCACGCAAUUCCAGCGAACGACGAGCUUAUUCGCAAAGCUGUGGCCGAGUUUCUGGACUGUCUUCAAGACGUCGGCCUCGCUAAGAUAGCUGUCAACUGCAUCCGCACCAUUCUGCAGAGCAACAGCAAGUCCGCUUGCGAUGAAGCCGCCGGUCGUAUUCUUUGGCCGCAGCUGAUUCAAUUCAUCUGCGAUCUGGGCACCGAGGACCCGGAGAACGUACGAAGCGCCAUCACCCAAGCUCUUGUGGGCUCGAUCGGGACUCUAGCACAAGAUAGACGGCAGGCAGCAAUUGCGAUACUCGUCCCAGUCCUGCUCCACCGUGCAAAUAAAGUGUCUCGGGGUGAGAAGGAAACAGAAGUUCGCAGGGAGGUCGCUUCACGACUACUUGAUCUUGCGGGGAUCGAUCAGCUUGGCUUCCGUGCAUCAAUUGCUAUGCUGGAUGAGGAACGACGGGCUUCGCUCGAGAGUCUGUUACGAAGCGCAGGCCUGGGAAGGAAGCAAUCCGAUCAGGGUGGUCCGGAAAAUGAGGAGUUCCGGGCUCCGGCGAUAGAGUUGAGAAUGGACUUCUGA